AUGGAACAUAUGAAGGUUGAAGACAAGGACAGUGGAAAGGAAAAGUCAAGAGGAGUGAGGAUGUCUGAGGUGAUGAAGGUCGAAGCAGAUGAACCCGGAGGACUCAGGUUGGAGCCCCCCAUACCUGCAGCAUCCACAUCAGAACUGGAGCAGACCGAAGACAACGAGGAUCUCAUGAUUUCAGAUGUUCACAUGAUGAAAACUAAAGAAGAGGUUCCCCAUGACUGGAGCUCUAGUUUGGACCAGCAGAACUCAAACACCCGCCACAUAAAGGAGGAAGAGGAGGAACUAAGGAUCUGUCUGAAGGAAGAGCAGCUUACAGUGAAAAGUGAAGAUGAAGAGAAACAAGUCAAUGAGCAGAUCAAAACUGAUGAAGAAACUAAGAUAGAUGGUGCAACCAGGAGCACAGCAGAGAAGAGAAAAUCAGACCUUAAUGGAGAACACUGUGGAGAACCAGAACCAGACAAGAACCCAAAUCCAGCAUGCUUUUCUCAACAAAGUGAGAUGACAGUUCACAAAACGGGCCAAAGUUCUCAAUUGUGCUCUAAACCUGCUGUUCAGAGUGGAGUCCAAUCAGGAGAAAAGCCAUUUAGUUGCAGUAUUUGUGGCAAAAGUUUCAAAAAUAAGAAAUGUGUUAGAUUGCACAUGAUGGUUCAUGUACAAACCAGGAACCAUAGAUGUGACCUUUGUGGAAAAUGUUUUAAGAAAAACAGUUGCCUUCAGGAACACAUUAGGGUCCACACUGGAGAGAAACCAUUUGCCUGUGAUGUUUGUGGUAGAAGGUUCCAUGCAAAAACAAUUCUUAGAGAUCACUUAAAGGUUCAUUCAAGAGAAAAACCUUUUUCCUGUGAUACUUGUGGUGCAAGAUUUAAAAGAAAUGUGUGUCUUACAAAGCACUCGAAGAUCCACGCUGCAGAGAGACCAUUUGUCUGUAGCCUUUGCAGUAAAGAGUUUGUACACGAAAAUAAUUUCACGAGACACAUGCGUGUUCACACAGGAGAGAAACCGUUCAUUUGUGGUUUUUGUAGUAAAGGAUUUCCACUACAAACUCGUCUUAACAGUCACAUGCGCGUUCACACAGGAGAGAGACCCUACAAUUGCAGUGUAUGCAGUAGAGCAUUUUCAUAUCAAGAAACUCUAAAGCGACACAUGUCUGUCCAUACUGGAGAGAAACCAUACACCUGCAGUGUUUGCAGUAGAAGCUUUUCACAUAGUGAUACUCUAAAAACCCACAUGCGUGUUCACACUGGUGAGAAGCCAUUUGUUUGUAGUGUUUGUAGUAGGGGAUUUUCACAACAGAGAUACCUUAAUGGUCACAUGAGUGUUCACUCAACGUAGAGUCUGUUUAAUUUCAGUGUUUGUAGUUGACAAGCAGGUCUGAGAAAUUGAUGAUUGUAUUUUAAAGUCUUGGAAGGAGACACAGAUCAAGCAGCAUCAGAUCCUCUCUGUUGAGUGGAGACUCAACAGAGAGGUUUGUACCAGCAGAUUUUACUAAAAGCUCCUUCAGCUUUUUUCAAAUUUUCAGUUGGAAAGACAGGAAUGAAGUCCUAAUUCCAACUAGGAAAGUUGGAGCUUGCCAGGCAACUCCAUGUUUUCCAUCAGUCGUAUGCCAUUUUAUAGAAUCGAGUGAAAGUUGUUAAAACAGACUGUCACUUAACAAUGUGUGUCUCAUUUAAUCAGCGGUGCUCAGAGCUGCAAAAAUAUUAACAUCUUUUUGUCUGUUUCAGUGUAUAAAAUAUGGAGAGAUAUAUACUAACCACCUUGUACUUUUAGUCGGCACCAAUAGAAAUGGCAAACCUCAGUUUUCCAGCUUGAGACCAGAAUGUUCUGUUAAGGUUAAGGUUUGAGGUCCAAGCUGUGACUUGUGAGGCAACUCAGGUGGAGAUGAGCAGCCUGCUCAGUUGCACUGAACAAUCCAGCUGCAGUUGUGGGAAAAAAACUCAGCUUGUAGUUCCCGAUGGAUCUCGACCUCAAAAAGUUUGUAUUCAGGGUGGGGAAGGAUUUGGCCGAACCCCUAUCCUUUUUUUUUUUUUUUUCUCUUAAUGUCCUGCAGACAUAUGGAUCCUGUAAAGAGAGCAGAUGUUAGUCAGGUACAUUUUCUACAGAUUGAUUGGUGCUUCCUGUCAGACAGGAAGUCUCUGUGAUCCGCCUGCAGAUGGAGUCAGAGAUGUUGUGUUGAAACAAAGCUGGGAUUUUGCUGCUGAAAUGAGAGCUAAAUAAUGUCCUGGUGUAGGUGGCUGGAGAGUUCAGAUGUUGAAGCACAAAGUGACGUGCAAUAUUACCAACAUUGUCUACACACCUGUUGGCUCCAUAGAUGGACUGCACAGCAUAUCAGAAGAUUGUCGUAUCUGUCUUUCUUUCUUUUUUUCCCCCCUGAGUAUAUCUUAGCUUUAUUUGCUACUUAUCUGAUUGCAGUUGUGUUGAUGUUUUUGCACAUAUUAGAAAUGUUAGUGCUGUGAUUCCGUAGUGCAACAGUAUCAUAUGGUUGCGAUAUACAUUUCCAAGAAGAACUACGUUGUUGCAACUUCUACAUAUUUUAGAUCUCUUCCCAAUGAGGCAAAGAACUGGAGUUGUAAAAGUAAAUUUUUUGUUAAUGUAACCUUUUGGCAAAAAUAUGCAUUGACACAAAACAGAGCACGCUAAAACACAGCUGCACUCAUCUGUGGCGGCACUUAAAUUAUCUUACGGGCAUCCUGGUAAGGUAAAUAUCUAAUAGAAGACAUUAAGUAAAUCUAAAAAAAUAUGUUGUAGUAAUUAACUCUAAGAAGGAUUUGUGCAAUAUUUUACAUUUCCACCAGGCAAAUAGCAUUUGAACUUUGUUGUUGCAAAGUAAAGUAGACAGGAUUAGCUGCAAUUGUUAUGCUGCCCGCUAAUAUUUUCUCAAAAGCCCUAAACUAGUUUUUUAAACAUAAACCUAAACUAUACAAAACAGUGUGAGAGAAAGAUCAGGAUUACAAAACUGAUUAAACCUACUGACUGAUACAUUUUUAAUUCUGUAUAACAGUCUACUCCCAGCAAACCCAGUAAGUGCUUUAAGUUCUUGUUUGUGGUAAUUGUUUCUAUAUUCCUGUAAACAGUGUAUUUCUGCACAAAGAUUCAAUUAUCUUAAUACACUCAUGCAUUUUGUAGAACCAGCACUUUUCUCACAACUAUGUACUUUUUCUUUUUGACAUUAAUGUAAUUUUCAACUUUUAAAUUAUAUCUGUGUUCAUUCU